AUGCCCCUGCCGCCUCCCCAGAAGUCUGUGCCAGCACCCAGACAGAUCAGGUUCGUCUCAUCUGACGGCCUGCCGCAGACGAAGAGGCGCAGAAUCAAUGCAGCAUGCCGAACAUGUAGACGUCGCAAAAUCAGAUGCUCUGGCGAACAGCCAGUGUGCAAGACAUGCUCCGACCACAAAUACACUUGCCUUGGAUACGGCGAGCCUGUUACCGUUUCGCAAACUGCCUCCCGCUCAUCACCCCCCAAUCAUGAGCCCUCAUGUUGCGCCGAAACUAAGAAAGGUGGUGGCUCACCAGAAGCGACACGGUCGGGCACAUCGAUGCCAGUCCCAGAUCCCAGUCGGGCUGACCCCGAUGCACGCAAAGCCAAAGAGGAUCCUAGCCAUCAGGAGCACGGUGAUCACCAGCCAGAAUCUAGCAAUAGCCCUAGCAGCAACCAUUCUGCCUUGAUUUCCAAUCGUCGCACCCAUGUUCCCUACUUCCGAUAUUUCGGACCCACGGCAAUCGUGCCGGGUUUCAAGCAAAUGGUGGUGCGUGUGCGGGAAACGAAGAAAAGCAAUCCGUCCCUAUCAACUGACUCUGCAUCGUCUUCGCGAAGUCCAAAUGUUCCGAAAGCUGAGGCCGUUUCAUCUACGCGUCGUGCCGCCUCCGCUUCGAAUAGUAUUCAUUUCUAUGACCCAGAGGAUAAUCUACCAAAUAGUGAGGUGGUUACACAUCUAUGCGAAGUUUUCUUCACUCAUCUAGGUUGCAAUUUUCCGUUCCUGCAACGGGACAGGUUCCUGCAAGAUUUGGCAGAGAAGCGACUUGAACCAGUCCUUGUGGAUGCGGUCUGCGCACUCGCAGCACGAUUUUCUUUGCACCCGCUUGUAACCACGGGAUCAGCCACUGAAACAAACCAUCCUCAUCAUGGCGAUGUUUUCGCCCAUCGUGCCAUGUGUGCCGUGGUUGACGCUUUGUCCUGCCCGACCGUGGCAGGAGUGCAAGCAUGUCUUAUGCUUGCGUAUGAACAAUUUGGAUCCAACCAUGACAGUGGUCUCUGGAUGUACUUGGGGAUAUCCAUUAGGAUGGCACAGGAUCUGGGAAUGCAGAAACUGGAAGGCAUGAAGUAUAGAUAUGGUCGCGUCGGUUUGACUCCGAAAAGCGUCAAAUCUGGACAAGCCGGUCGGAUUGAUGAACGGCAGACUGAUUAUGACAGCGCAGCGAGUGACUCGAAAGAAGAUGGCAAUAAGAAAGAUUUAGAUCUCGAACGAGUAAGGGAACGCGAGAGAGUAGACACGUUCUGGAGCCUCUUUCUGGUGGAUAGGGUCAUCUCAUCAGGCACGGGCCGACCCGUUACCCUUCGUGACGAUGAUAUCGAAAUUUUCUUUCCAUUGCAGUCCGAGUCCCUGUUGCCAAACGGUUGGCCAGCUCCUUUCCCUGCAUUGAUUAGAAUCAUACAUCUAUAUGGCAGAGUGACCGAUCUGCUGAAUGCCAUCAAGGAAGUUAACCACGUUACUCCUGAGACCCUAAAGCAACUAGCCGGCAUGGAGAGCGAUUUAACCGGUAUCUAUCAGAGAUUAUCCCCCAAGCUCCAUUUCAACGCCGUCAACUUUCAGAAUUACGUCAAAGCAGGCGAAGGAACAAACUUUAUCCUCUUACACUUUUGGUUUCAUGCCUUGAUUGUCCUCGUUCAUCAGCCUACCCUAUUACAUUCUUUUAGUGGGCGCAUUCAACAAUUAUUUCCCAACAGCCGCGAACUCUCCAUGUCUUCGGCUAAGACCAUAGCAGAUAUUCUUGCUUUCACCGAAUUAAUAGAUGCAAAAUGUUUCAUUGGAACUCCGUUCACAAGUCAACCUACAUAUAUAGCUGCAUGUGCCUUCUUGAUGGAGAGUGCUCUAUAUUCCAUGCCUUCGUCUCGCUCGCAAACCCCUCCGGUAGAGACAGACUCGGAAGAUCGACCUGGGAAGGCGGUAACAUCGGCGGACGCAGCAGUCACGUCAGAACAAAGUUCCAACACAAAACAUAGUCUGCUAGCAGCUGCUGCGAAGGAGCACUAUCAACGCUGCUACAAAGCGCUUAAGUCCUUGGAAACGUACUGGGAAGGCACUAAAUAUAUUCUUAAUGUCUUAGACCAAAAGUCAAAGGGUAUAUGGGAUCCCCAGCUCUAUACCGAGGAAGAAAUGGACCACGCCAUUGAAUUUCCUCCUCUAGGAAACGGGUUUGCAUCCCGAGCAUGGCAGAGGAUGUCGACAAGCAAAGACAGCAUGGCAGCAGCAACGAAGGAUGAUAGGCAGCAUGACAUAAAACCUGAUAAUCAAUCUGCCGAUAAUGAUGGUGCGGCAGGCGUAGCCCCAUCUCCCAAGACUAAUCCAACCCAAGCUAUCGGCUGGGCUCUUACCGGUGCUACUGGUUCCUCACAACCGAAUCUCAGCUUUCUUUAUCAGAUGCCAGCAACACAACCGAACGAGGCAACGAUGUAUCCUUUGUCACAUUACGGCGGCCAGUGUCAGCCCGUGGAAGUUCAAGCAAGCCCUGGAGCUUCCGCCCUCAGUUCAUUUCCGCACGCAAAGGCACCAUACGAGGCGGGAAAUACACUACAGCUACCCUCUCAAUUACGCCAAAAUCCACUGCCAAACACUUCAGAGUAUUCGCGUAUAGGCCCUGGGACCAUAUCUCCGUCCAACCCUUCUUUUCCUCUUUCUAAUUCCGAUUUCUCAAGCCAGAGCCCCCAUGGCUCUCAAGGCUCCUUUCAAAGUGCGUCACUAAAUACCACCCCGACACCUUAUUCAUACAACGCAAAUACGACAAUGAGGGCUAAUCAUCGCCGGUUAACGAGUAACCCUUUUGGCGAUUAUACCAAUAUCGACGCUACUGUCCCAAGCAUGACAAUUGAAAGUCAAGACAUAGAUAUGAAUACACUCCAAGACCCUGAUACCUUCCCAUUCCCGCUGGAUGGGGAGUUUAUGCCCUGGUUGGAAUAUUUACCGGAGGAUAUUUUGCAGUACUUUGGAGAUCAAGGAUAUCGUCCGCUGGUAUCUCCGACUGAACCACCCGACCAGCAACCGCAUGGAGUUUAA